AUGGUACACAAUUACUUCGACUUUACGCGACAUCCUCGCAUCGUCAUCGACCAGGGUGUACGCAUCCCUGAUCCCAUCCGCUACGACUUUCACGGUUCACCUCACUUCCUUCAUGAAGUGGACUUUACUCGCCCAUCACUCCAACGAUAA